UCACGGAUCUGCUUUACCGGCUCGGGCAAUCUCUCGACGACAACACUCGCUCGCAUGGCAAUCUCUCUGCUGGAUCGGGACCUCAACCAUCAGUGUAGCCAUGUCCUUCCUCCCAGCUGAGAUCCAGGGCGAGCAGACCGGUAUCAAGCUCUUCAACAAGUGGAGCUCCGAUGAUGUUGAGAUCAAGGAUCUCUCCGUCCAGGAUUACCUCCAAAUCCGCCCCUUGUACGUCUCGCACACCGCUGGCCGCUACCAGGUCAAGCGCUUCCGCAAGGGACAGUGCCCCAUUGUUGAGCGCCUGAGCAACUCCCUCAUGAUGCACGGCCGCAACAACGGCAAGAAGCUGAUGACCACCCGCAUCAUCAAGCACGCCUUCGAGAUCAUCCACCUCCAGACCGACCAGAACCCUAUCCAGAUCCUCGUCGAUGCCAUCAUCAACACCGGCCCCCGCGAAGACUCUACCCGCAUUGGCUCCCAGGGCACCGUCCGUCGCCAGGCUGUUGAUGUCUCCCCUCUCCGCCGUGUCAACCAGGCCAUCUUCCUCCUGACCACUGGCGCUCGUGAGGCUGCUUUCCGCAACGUCAAGACCAUUGCUGAGUGCCUUGCCGAUGAGCUCAUCAACGCCGCCAAGGGCUCUGCCAACUCUUACGCCAUCAAGAAGAAGGAUGAGCUCGAGCGUGUUGCCAAGUCCAACCGUUAAACAUCCAUCGGGAGCUGUUUGUGGAAUGUACAGUGUGGCUGUAAAGAUUGGAAAUACAUUUUUUUUGCUAAUCUAGCAGAUCUCUGAAUGGA